AUGCUUGUUUUAUCGUUAUCAGUCAGAGACUACAGAAAAGAAGGUAAAGAUCCAAUUGUCAAGGUUCUUUUCUGUCCCCCGUCACCUGUUACAACCAAGUCUCCAUUAACCACAGCAGCUCUAACAACUGAUGCUACACCUGGACCACCAGAACUCCUGGAGAAGCUGUCCUAUUCUUAUAUAAAAGAUGGGAUCAUCGGUGUUUUGUCCACAGCACUACUUGUUGUCACAGUGACGUUCUGUUGUCAUCGAAGGAAAAGUUCACCACCAAAAAGGAAGGCUGAAUACUCAAUCAGUUACAGGUCAUCCGAAUUUUCUUCGUUGGAAACUGAAUCACAAACCAUAUAUGAUUAUCCUCUGUCACUGGCCACGGAAGCUGUUGAUUAUUUGAGAAGCACAACGUCAUCAGGGUAUGCCAUACCGAGGCUAACCAUGACAGAUGACUGCAGUGAACCUCCAAUUUAUGGCAAUGUGAUUAUGGAAUCUGAAAACGAAAAUAUGGACGUUGAAUGCGAAUAUAUGAAUAUUUCCACGGCACAUCAACCCGAUGUCGGAAAGAGAGCCCAAUCAAGAGAGAAAUCUUUACAUCUUGACAAUUCCAUUUCACGGGCUGCGGUGCUCUCGUCCAAACGAAGUGCUCAAAAGCGAGCUAAUCGUUCAAAAAAUAAAAGGAACAAAAGCAAAAGAGUAGAAGAAAGUAAUUAUUUAAAUAUAACACCUAAGCUGCACUCCUACAUCGAGGUGGUGGAUGAUCCGACCGAUACUUUGUUUAGUAAUAGCUCCACUAGUAUGACGUCAUCAGGAUAUUCCAAACCAGUGGAAAACAAAGCCAAACUCCGGAGACAAUUGCAAUACUCCAGUAAGAAAAACACAACAGGAAGAGGUGUUACUGUGAAUUCUUAAUUGUGAUUUUAUUGAGCAAAUUUAUUUCUUCUUUAUCAAUAACUCAAAAAUAUAUGUAUAGAGAAAACAGUUAACUUUUUUUUUAUCAUAUUUAUGUGAAUGACAAUGUAGAACCCUUGCCUGUGAUCUUCAUUAUAAUCACUAUAGUUAUGAUGUUGAUUUUUAAAAUUUGGGAGACAAAAAUAAAAGAAGAUGGGGGACAAGGCGGGCAGAAUGCCUAUAG